AUGGGCGCAACCUUCUCCGUCGAAUUAAUGCACCGCGUCGGAAACAUCCUUGGCCAAGAAGCUCGAAAUAAAGGGGUCAACGUCCUUCUAGCUCCCACCGUAUGCCUUCUACGCUCACCCCUAAUGGGCCGCGGUUUCGAGGCCUUCUCCGAGGACCCCAUCCUAACGGGAUAUCUCGCAUCAGCGUACAUCAAUGGCAUCCAGGAAUACGGCGUCGCAGCAUGUAUAAAACACUUUGCCGCGCACGACCAAUCGUCCAACUCAAUUGAGGAUAAUGUCUGUAUGACCCAGCGGACGCUCCGUGAGCUGCACCUCAUGCCCUUCCAGCUGGCGCUAAGGCUUUCGGCGCCGAUGGCGUUUAUGACUUCAUAUAACAGUAUUAAUGGGGUACAUUCGAGUGAAGAUUCGCUGCUUUUGCAGACCAUUCUCCGCAAAGAGUGGGGGUUUGACGGUUUGGUGAUGAGCGAUUGGUGGGGGACGUAUAGCACGUCGGAAGCGCUGAAUGCAGGGCUGGAUCUGGAGAUGCCUGGUCCGACACAGUUUCGGGGGAAGUUAUUGGAGAUCGCUGUUAGGACGCGAAAGAUCUCCGAGGCUGCUGUUGACAAGGCUGUAAAGAAUGUCCUUCGUCUCGUGCAGGAGGUUUCCGCGGUCGGGCGUGAGCCCUUCGAUGGCGAUGUCAACACAGACGAGAACCGCGCCCUCAUCCGCCGAGUGGCUGCGGAAAGUAUUGUGCUGCUGAAAAACGAGUCGAACGUCUUGCCGCUCUCUUCUUCGGAUGCAGAUCGGGCCAAGGUUUACGGGUUGAUUGGGAGUCAUUUUCAAUACCCUACGCUUUCCGGGGGUGGAAGUGCCGAGGGGGAUCCGUAUUACUCGGUGACACCGUACCAGGCCAUGGUCGAGGCUGUGGGAGAGGAGAAUCUUGUUUACACACCCGGCUGUUAUACCUUCAAGUUCAGCCCCUUUAUUAAACAGCUCAAACAGCCUGAUACAGGCGAUGCAGGCUGGCUCGUUGAGAUCUAUGGCAAAGAUCCAGAGGACAACCCACAUGCUAUGCCCUUGUACUCUUCACCCACCGACAAAGACCUCAUCGAUAUCCCCGAGAGCUUACAUCACCUCUUCCCAAAGAAAUACUACGUGCGCGCCAGAACAAUAUAUACCGCCGAGAAGUCCACCCGAUUCCGCUUCGGAUUCAGUGUCGCGGGUAAAGGACGGGUUAAAAUUAACAAGCACGACGCCAUCGAUCUGUGGAGCAGCCAGCCGCCAAAGACGGAGGAUACACCGUGCUUCAACAGGCUGUCCAUGGAGAAAUUCUAUGACCUCGAUGUGACUGCGGGGCAGGAAAUCCCGAUCGAGAUGGUCCUGGUGAAUGAGGAUAUCACGGGGGGCGUGGGAACGGCAUUUACGCUCGCGGGCCGUCUGGGGGGGUAUGAGAUUCUAGACGCGGAGCAGGGACUUCGUGACGCGGCGAAGGUCGCUCGCGCUGUGGAUGUGCCGAUUGUCAUGACGGGACUUACGACGAAUCAUGAGAGUGAGAAUAGUGAUCGGAAGCAUCUGAGGCUUCCACCUGGUGCGGACCGGCUUAUUGAGACUGUUCUUGAUGCGAACCCCAACGCUAUAAGCCUCCUCUGA